GUAGUCUACGUCUAGAGUAAAAGAAUAAUAUGGCGGACCAAAAUAACAAGGGCGCUAAAAGACUAUUUUGGAUAUUUGUAAAUUAUAUCAAAUCAGUGACUGGUUAAAGCACUACAUUGCACUUGUUAUGUUUAAACCACAUACUUUUGUUAUAAGAACUCAUGAAAAUUCAGAAUGUCGGCUAUAAAAGUAAAUUUUGAAAUCGGGCAUGUAGCAUCGGUGCGAUCUAAAAAUACUCCAGAAGGGUUUACUCACGACUGGGAAGUGUUUGUGCGCGGCCAGGAGGGUGCAGAUAUAAGUCACUUUGUAGAUAAAGUGGUUUUUCUCUUACACGAAACUUUCAAGAAGCCUAGAAGAGUUAGAAAAGAGCCACCAUUUUCUGUCAAAGAAUCUGGAUAUGCAGGAUUCAUAUUUCCCAUUGAAAUAUAUUUGAAGAAUAAAGAUGAACCUAAGAAGAUUAAGUUCACAUAUGAUUUCACACUGCAACAGAGUGGGUUUCUCAAAGACCGCUAUAUAUUCCAAAAUCCUAAUGAAGAGUUUAGGAAGAAGCUUUUAAAAGGUGGUGGAAUACCCAUUAGUAAUAAUGCAUUUUAUACAAACCCAGAUCAAGAAUGUAGAAGUAGAGAUUCAUUCACAGAAGACAAACAGCAACUUCUCAGCAAGCCAAAAUUGUCAUCUGAUAAUAUUAAAAAACACAAGUCUAAGGAACACAAGGAAGAAGUACCACAUAGAACUAAUAGCUUUGAAAACUUAUUUGGACCUCCCUUGCAGAAACCACCAAAGGUAUCACCAGACCCUAAAAAACUUGAAAAGAUCACCCCUCCAGCAAAAUCAGAUAAAAAGGAAAAGGACAGAUCAAGCUCAGAGAAAAAGCAAAAACAUGAGUACAAAGAGAUCAAACCUGAAAAAGUUAAAAUUAAAGAAGAAAAAGAUAAGGUAAGACCAGAAAAGGUUAAAAACCACAAGGAACAGGAGAAAUCUAAAGAGAAGUCAAAUAAAAGGCCAAUUGAAAGACCUCCUUCACCAGACCCUCCUAAAAAGCGUUGUCUAAGCCCAAUAAGAAGACCCCCUAGCCCUCCACGCUCCAACAGUGCUUCUAGUAUAAAGGAUGAAUACAAACCUCCAAAACACACUGCUGAGAACGUAGAGCAAAAGAAAGCCAAAUUGGAAGAUAAAAUGAUUGAUGUUAAAAUAGAAAAAGAUUUGAAAGAACGAAAGAAAAAGGAAAAGAAAAGUCAUGAUAGAGAUAAAGAAAGGAAGGAAAAGAAGGAACAUAAAAAAGAUAGUCAUAAAUUAAAAGAAUCACCAAAAGAACUUCUCAAAGAAAUUCCUAAAGAAGUACCUAAAGUUAGAGAAAUGCCAAAAGAGAAAGAUACAUCAAAAGAUUCUCCAACAAUCAAAGAAAAACCAAUGAAGUCAGAUAAAAUUAUGAAUAAAUUUUCUUUAGAAAAUCUAAGGAAAACUCCUCCCCCAGAUAUUGAAGAACGAGCAGAACCUCAGAAGUCUAAAGAUAAAACUGACCCAGAAAGAAAACACAAACAUAAGAAAAAGGAUAAAAAACGAGAUGAGUCUAGAGAAAAACACAAAGAAUCCAGUAAAGAAAAGAAACACAAACAUGAAAAGAACAGAGAGCUACCAAUUGAAAAAGUAGAAAUUAUUGAACGCAGAGAAACACCUAUUCCUAAAGAACGGCCAAUGCCAGAACCAGCAUCCCCCAUAUCAAUUGAUACAGCUUCACAAUGCAGUUCCAAGAGUGGUCUAGCCAAGUCCUCUCAUGUUGGUAAUGAAGAUAUAAACAGCAGUCAUUCAGAUUCAGAAAGUUCAGUGAUUGCAGAUGAAGAGGAUACUAAAGUCAAAAUUGAGAAUCCAUCACCUGAGCCAAUCAAACAUGAGCCAUCACCAGAGCCAGAGCCAGAAAUAGAACCUGAACCUGAGUUAGAGCCGGAGCCUGAGCCCAUAGCAGAGCCACCUCCACCACAUAAAGAGAAAAAACAGAAGCAUAAAGAUAAAUCUGCCAAAAGAGAAGAGAAACGUCGCAAACGAAAAGCAGCUGAAGAGGAAAGAGAAAACAUCGAAAAUAUAGAGCAUCGAAAGAUAGCUAAGACGACAGAACCUACGCCAUUCAAUGACACAGAGCGGGGAGAGAGUAGUGGCUCUACAUCAGCAGAAACCAAGGUCCAGGAUAAUGGAGUUUCAAGUAGUCUGGGAGAAGACGCCGAGCCCGGUGACCUUUCUCCUGAUUACAUGGUGCAACUACGUGAUUUACAGCAGCGCAUUAUGAAAAUAAAAAACAAUGAAGAUUUGGAAAGAGUAGUCAAUCUUAUUGCAGAAACUGGCCGGUAUGAAGUAACUACACAGACAUUUGAUUUUGACUUAUGUUUGUUAGACCGCUCAACAGUACAACAGCUUAUACAGUUAGUGGGUUGCUAGUUAACAGUGUUGUUAAAACUUAAACUAAUAGUAAUUGUAAAUAUAUCGCCUAUACAUAGAUGAGCUAUAAGCAUUUGUACAGCUACUUGCUAAGGUCCAUCUUGAUAAACGUAGACGGCAGAAGAGCGGACAUAAACUGCUUUUAUUUACGAUGUUGCAUAAAUUAAUUUAGUAAUAAUCUCAUAAAGUUUUAUCUAUUGAUCUUAACAUUACUCGACACUUGAGUUUAAAGUGCAAUACUGUAUAGAUAUAUAAAGUUAUAAGACUGUUGAAAGAUUGUUAAAAGUAAUGUAUAUUUUGUACAUUAUUGUAUUGAUUCAUUAUUAAGUAAGUUAAUGAACUUAAAAGUUUUUAAUUAACCUCCACUGGCCCAGGACGGGUUCACAGAGGCUAUGUUAAUAAUUGUAUAAUAGUUAUAAUGUCUAAUAUUUUGAAUUUAUUUAUAAGAAUAUGAGACUUAACACCACAAAUCGUAGUGGUCAUGUUAUGAUUUUGUGCACUUUUAACAUUAAGUUUUAACAAGUUCUGUUUACCACUGGUAACAAUUAUUGGCAUUGCAAUAUUGCAUAAUUUUUAAUUUUAAGGUAAUCCUUGUAAUUUUAAACAUCACUAUUUUAGUAAAUUAGAAUUUUGCUAUCAGCAAUGAAGCAAAAUUUAGAGGAUUUUGAGGGUUUCUUCAGAAUUCUAAGUAUUUUAGUGCUCAUUUUGGCUUGGUUUGAUCUUGUACAUUAUAUUUGUUACAUAACUUAUUUUUUUAUUUAUCGUAUUUUAGGAAUAUUAUAAAGAAUAAUAAAUAGAGUGUAAACUAAUAUACAUUGUUUUGUUCCUUAUAUUCAUCAGCAAGUGCAAAUAUUGUAAAGUAACAUGUUAAAUUGGAUCUACGAUGUAAGUGCUUUAUUGAAACUAUAACGAGUGGCCUGCAUUUAUUACCUCAUUUUUAACUGUUAAAGCAUUUCCCGUGUAAAACAAAUCUGCCAAUUAACAUUUCCAGAGUAUUUGUAAAUUUUUAAAUUCUAGUGCAGUUACUAGGAAAUUGUAUGAGAGUAUCACAAUGAAAUGUAUAGUAGUAUUUCAUUAUGUUAUUACUUUCUUUUUGUAAUGUAAUACACUUGUUAUGUGGAUGAAUGGGAUUAAAAGAAAAUACAUUUUUUUGCAA